AUGUCCUCGAACAGUACCUCCAGUCCGGGACAUUGGAUCACCGGUAGCUAUACCGGCAACAGCGAUGGAGUGCGCAUCGCAAUCGCGACGUUCAUCGCCGUCGCCUGGUAUAACGUGAUCGAGCUGAUCAACUUGAUCUUUCUGACCUUCAAGCGUUACCAGGGUGGUUAUUUCUGGAGCAUGCUUAUCUCUGCCAUGGGCGUUCUGCCGUACUCUGUCGGUUACCUGAUGAAGUUUUUCGCUCUCACCACCGCCACCUGGCUACCCAUCACUUUGCUAUCCGCAGGCUGGUGGAUGAUGGUGACCGGCCAGUCCUUCGUGCUCUACUCGCGUCUCCAUCUGGUGUUGCGCGACCUGCGGCUCCUGCGUGUGGUGCGCAGCAUGAUCAUCCUGAAUGUCUUCUUCCUGCACGUCCCGACCACCGUGCUGACGUAUCUGGCCAACUUCUCAACUUCACCCACCACCGUACUGGGUUAUGACAUCAUGGAGAAAGUCCAGCUCACCGGCUUCUGCGUGCAGGAGAUCAUCCUGUCGGGUCUCUACAUGUGGGAGACGAACCGCAUGCUGCAGCUGAACCCGGACCGUGCGACGCAGAAGACCAUCCUGCAGCUGUUCGCCGUCAACGCGGUUUGUAUUCUGAUGGACGUAGCCCUCAUGGCCAUCGAGUUCUGCAACUACUACAUCUACCAGACCACCCUCAAGGCAACGAUUUACAGCAUCAAGUUGAAGCUCGAGAUCGCCGUGUUGGGGAAGCUCGUCUUCAUGGCCCACCAGCAUGCCUGGCGCUCACCCUUCGGCGCCGAUCCCGGGCGCACUCCAUCCUUCGUCGAUGCUGCACGAGUCGCUUCCAAUCUCCAUCAUGCCGCUCCUUCGCCUAAGUCGCGCCAGGGCCCAGUGGAUGAUGACCUUCAGAUCUACGUGCGGUGA